CUAUUCGAGCGUCUCUAACGUGUUGCAUCACUGGAUGUUAUUGUAUAAAUCCCACCCGUUCAACAGUUUGCAAGGUGAAUAUUGCGAACAGCACGGCAUGAAUCCACUUUGUAAACAUGAGGAUUUCUGGGACUUGAACCAGACCAUGAGUGGAGAUCAGCCAUUAUUUACUCCAUGUUUUCUGUCCACGGUUCCUGUCUGGGUAAUACACGGCUGGAUAUGGAUUGUCUCCCCUUUCUAUAUGUAUUACCUGUUCAGACAAAAAUCAGAUCCAAACCCUCUGAGCGGGCGAAUCAUAUCGAAAUAUCUUCUUCUAGCAGUAAACAUUUUGCUCCUGGUUGUGCAGUGGGUUCUGGAGUACACACCUCAUCAUUCUCUGUGGAACGCAGCAGUCUUGGGUUUUACUCUGCAAAUCUGUACACAGAUUUUGGUAGGUUUCUACAUUCACAUGGAACGAUGGAAAGGUUUUCUUUCAUCCGGAAUUUUAUUCAUAUAUUGGACAGUUGCAAUUAUCAUCAGUGUAGUUCCACUUUACAAUAAGAUUCUUAAACUGGAAUACCUUCAGAGUACGUGGCUGUUUACCUCGUUCUGUGCUAUGUAUGUGGUUUUGUGCAUGCAAUGGAUGUUGUCCUGCUUGGCAGAUAUUCCUAAACAUAAUGAUAAGAAUGUUGGGAUCUUGUUGUCCUCAGUAUCCAUUUCUUGUCAUAAGAGGCAACUAGAUGGACCGGUCCUUCAGAUGAGACUGCAAAAACCGAGCCCCGUGUCACAACAGGAGAGAAGUCCUUAUUGUACAUCUUCCAUCCCCUCCAAACUGCUGUUUUUAUGGAUAUUUAGGAUUUUAAUGAGAGGUUUUAGAAAACCCUUGACUCAGGAGGAUAUCAUUCCGAUGGAUUCCAGAGACAAAGCGGGCUACUUAUUGUCUAAAUAUCAAUAUCAUUGGAAACCUUCUGAGAAUACCUCAACAAAAUGUUGUAUAGAAAGAGGAAAUGAUUUGCCUGUAUUAGAGAAUGCUGGAGAAUCCUUGCUUGUGAUGAAUGAUGUUGGAGAUAAUACCCAUCCUGAAUACCACCCUUCCCAUCAUUCCCUUUUGAGAACUCUAAUCAAAAUGUUUGGUUGGGAAUUCUUGAUGUUCCAUUUACUUGCCAUGUUCAGAGUUGUCUGUAAAAUGACAAGUCCUCAGUUACUCAGAUUGCUCCUUGAUGUUAUAGCAGACCCCCAGAGUGAGAAUAAUCAGCUGUGGUGGGGAUAUAUCCUCGCAGUAUCCCUGUUCCUGGUAUCAGCAAUAGAAACCAUGUGUUACAGCCAUUAUUUAUACACUUCCAUGAACUUGGGUAGAAGAGUCAGUGCUACUCUCAUGUCUGCACUGUAUAAAAAGGUAUUGACAAUCAGCCAUCAUUCGAAGCAGUUUUCAUCAGAUGGAGAAAUCUUGAAUUUGAUGUCAGUUGAUACCUCUACCAUACGAAGUGCCAUGAUGUACCUUGGGAUAUGGUUUGAAAGCCUUCUGGAGAUUAUACUUUCAAUUUACUUUCUGUAUGAGAUCCUCGGAUAUGCUACAUUUGCAGGAUGUGGCGUAUUGAUAGUGCUGAUGAUUGUGAAUGUAGUUAUUAGCUCAAGAUUGUUUAGAGUGAUGCAGACACAAAUGAUGCUCAAAGACAACCGCAUACAUCUCUUGUCAGAAGUUAUAAAUGGUAUAAAGGUCUUAAAGCUGUACGCCUGGGAAAUGAUUUUCAAAGACAAAAUUAUAGACAAGAGAAAUGUAGAGUUGAGAGAGAUGCUCAAAAUUAAAGUCUUCGAACGAAUUGCUGAAACCUUUUUCCACAUAACCCCCUUUCUAGUCAUAUCUACAGUGUUUCUCACAUACAUACAUAUUAGUGAUACACCUCUGGAUGCCAAGACAGUAUUUGUCUCCCUUUCUCUAUUCAACGUACUGAAAUACUCCGUCGACUACCUGUAUUAUUGUGUUCGAGACAAUAUGAGAUUUUUUGUGGCUUUCAAGAGAAUAAAUACCUUCUUAAAUGCAGUGGAUAUCCAGGAGGAUAAUGUUGAAAGAUGUCAACAAGGGGAGGCUGUUGCUAUCAUCGAUGGAGAGUUUGCUUGGGAAACCAGCAACAGUUUAUUAAAAGAAGUGAAUAUAGCGAUCCCAGAGGGAGGCCUUGUGGCAGUAGUUGGACAGGUGGGACAAGGGAAAUCUUCACUGUUGUCAGCCAUAUUGGGGGAAAUGAUAAAAAUAAGGGGAAAAGUCAGCGUCAAGGGUUCCGUUGCAUACGUCUCACAAGAAGCUUGGAUUCAAAAUGCAACAAUUCAAGAAAAUGUUCUGUUUGGAAACAAGAUGGACGACAAACGUUACCAUGAAGUUCUGGAGGCGUGUGCUCUCAUUCAGGACCUGGAUAUACUGCCGGCAGGAGAUCAGACAGAAAUAGGAGAAAAGGGAAAAUGGAAGGACUCAAUGUCUACUCUUUCGCUGUCCGAAUGUCCCACUUCAUUAUGGUUUGAGGGAAUCAAUUUAAGUGGUGGUCAGAAGCAGAGAGUGAGUCUAGCACGCGCAGUUUACAGUGACAGGGACGUCUAUCUCCUUGACGACCCAUUGUCCGCAGUUGACUCUCAUGUAGGCCGCCAUAUUUUUAAUGAAGUUAUUGGAUCAUCCGGGUUACUGAAAGACAAGACAUGUAUUUUGGUUACACAUGGCAUACAGUGGCUACCCAAGGUUGAUGAGAUAAUUGUUUUAGUCAAUGGAAAAAUAUCGGAAUCCGGGACUUACGACGAACUGCUUAAUCAUGCUGGACCAUUUGCUGAAGUUUUAGAGACUUAUUUGAAUGAUACAGAUGAAGGGGACGUUGAAGAGGAGGUUAUGGUGAAAGUCUUACAGCGACUAACGUCACUAACAUCGAAUGAAACAAAUGGAUCAGUAUUUGAUUUGAGACAAUCUAUAAAUGAUUUAAGUGCAAAUCAUCUUCAUGUAAAAAGCAGUUCAAGCCAUGCAACUCACAGACUUACCUCUGUGACGAAAGAUAACGAAGUCAAGAAAGAUCUUAUUAAGCAUAAUCUUAUUGAGGAAGAGACAACGGAAAUUGGAAAGGUGAAGUGGAAGCAGUUUAUGACCUACUUUAGGACCAUUGGUCUGGGAUACUGCGUCUUGUUGGUGAUCUUGUAUAGUCUUAAUGAAUGCCUAACUCUACUGGGAAACAUUUGGCUGAGCAGGUGGACAGAUGACCCUGUUAUGAAAUCAGCCAAAGCAACAACGAAUAACAACAGCAGUGUUCAGCAAAGGAAUAUUCAUUUCAUUGGGAGUUACUUGGGAUUUGGAUUAGGGCAAAUAACUUCCAUGGUGCUAUUUGGAAUUUUAUGUGUACUGAGAACAGUUGCUGCAUCUCGCACACUGCAUGCUAACCUACUGCACACAACUGUGCGCUGUCCAAUCAGCUUCUUCGACACAACUCCAUCGGGUCGGAUCAUUAACCGUUUCUCUCAGGAUAUGGAAGUAGUGGACACCAUGCUACCAGUUAAUUUAGAGAACCUGAUUUUCUGUAUCAUAUCAAUCAUGGGAGUUCUGGCAGCCAUUACAUACAGUGUUCACUGGUUUCUGCUUGUAGUUAUCCCACUCGGCGUGAUAUACUACCUUAUCAUGAGUUUCCAUUUGCCAUCAUCAAGGCAACUGAGAAGAAUUAUUUCAAUUAAGAGAUCCCCGAUCUACAGUUUUUUCAGUGAGACUUUGGCUGGUGCAAGUGUUAUCAGAGCUUUUGGCAAGGAGAACCAAUUCCUGAUAGAGAUGCAGAGGAGAGUGAAUGACUUCCAUCAGGUUGACUGGGCUGAUAUUGUCAUCACUAGCUGGAGAAGUGUUCACGUGGAAAUGUUGGGCUGUUUGGUCAUUUUAGCGGCAUGCAUGAUAGCAGUAGGAACCAAAGACAACAUUAGUGCCGGAACAGCUGGACUCUCAGUUACAUACUCUCUGACUAUAACACAGCUGAUGAAUUGGUUUGUCUACGUGUUCACCUUGGUAGAGACUAAUGCGGUAUCGGUGGAAAGGAUAGCUGAGUACACAAACAAUGAAUCGGAGGCUGAUCUAAUCAAUGUUGACCACCGACCCUCAGAAGGCUGGCCUGGUCAAGGUCGGAUCACCCUGUCCUCUUACUCCACAAGAUACAGAUCCCAGCUAGACUUGGUACUCAGAGAUAUCAAUGUUACCAUCAAACCAGGAGAAAAGGUUGGCAUUGUUGGGAGAACAGGGGCAGGUAAAUCUUCCUUGACUCUGUCUCUGUUCCGCUUGAUAGAACCAGUCUCUGGGAACAUUGAGAUUGAUGGAGAAAGGUUAACAUAUCUUGGUCUUCAUGAUUGCAGGUCUAACCUGACUAUUUUACCCCAGGACCCUGUGUUGUUUUCUGGUACCCUGAGGAUGAACGUUGACCCUAUGGACGAGUACACGGAUGAAGAGAUCUGGAAUGCCUUAGAGCAUGCUCAUCUGAAGUCAUACGUUCAGUCUCUCUCUACUGGUUUAGACUCAGAGUGCGGGGAAAGGGGAGAUAAUUUCAGUGUUGGUCAAAAACAGCUGGUUUGUUUGGCAAGGUCUCUACUUAAGAAAACAAAAAUUCUAAUUCUGGAUGAAGCAACGGCAGCAGUUGAUUUGGAGACAGAUGAUCUUAUACAGAGGACAAUACGCGAGGAGUUCCGAGAAUGCACAGUGCUGACCAUUGCGCACAGACUUGACACAGUGAUGGACUAUGACAGGAUUAUGGUUCUUGACAAAGGAUGUGUGCUGGAGUAUGAUACACCACAGAAUCUUUUGGCAGAUUCUAAAAGCAUGUUUUAUCAACUUGUCAAAAAUGCGGGAUUAAUCAAAUAAAUAGAUGAAAGAAUA